UUGGCUACUGACUUGGCAGUUGCAAGCCAAGGUAGUCGUGGUUUACUGGACCAUGCUGGGGGCAGUGGUCAUAGCUGUCUUGCGACGGUUGUCUCCCAUUGCUCCGGCCUUCCUUCUGCUUCUAACGGCUCCUCUCAAGAUGACGAAGGCAGAAGUGUUGUACGAGAUGUAUGCCGCCACACCGUACCAGACUGGUGGAGAUGUCUACUGCUCCACCUAUGCGGCGGACUCCUACGAAUACCCGACGUGGGCCGAGUACUUCGGCGGUGGCUGCGAGGGACGCCAGUGCAAGUUCAGUGGGGGCGACAUGCUUGUGCAACACUUCAGGUGCCGACCAGGGAUUGCAUCGCAGUCUCGCCGGUGCCGAAGCCCGGAGGAGGAUAGCUCGUUCCCGCAUUGCUGCCUUCCUGCCUGCAGCGACGCACUCUACUGAAACGAUAGUGAGAAAGAUUCGCUUCUACGCGGAAGCACGAAUGCCAAAGAUGCAUUCGUAUGUCAAACAGCUUCCCCGCGUCUUUUGAUCUUCGUGACAUUUUUCGCAGAGAUAAAAAUCUGCUCUUGGAA